UUGUUUAAAAAUGAAGCUGAAUUGGUAUGAUCGUAUUCAAUCUAAAUUCACACAUUAUAGGGUCUAAUAAUUACCUUCAUAACAAUUUUAGGUUCUAAAAGGUCACUAGAAAUGUCAUAAAUAAGUGCAUUAACCAUGCACUUUGAAGGCAUCUGCGGUCCUAUUAAACAAGAACUUAACUAUCCCUUUAAUACAAGGGUUAUUUAUUGUAUUGUUGUUUUGGUACAUAUGGGGUAGAUUUGGUUUGUAAUACCAUCGUCUGCGAAUAAAACAUCAGGUGGAUUCGUUUCCUGUUUAAUGUACUGGUACCUGGUGAGUCAAUACAUGCUGUAGCCUUGGCUUGUAUUAUGUCUGAGUGUGAAAACAAGGUGUUAACUCUAUGCAUAAUGAUAUGAGAUAACACCCAUCUGGCUCUCAAUCCACCUAGUAUAUGCUGUACAGUCUUUAACUUUAAGAUGCUGGGUAGAGGAAGACAUGGUGCCAGGAAGACCUCUUGUCUUAAAGAUAAACUUUAGUACUGGUAAUGCGAUUGCAUUGUGAAAGAAAAGGUGUGGAAAGGAUCAGAAACAGUUGAUCAUGUAGCAGAUCACGAGAGGGAGGUGCUUUCUGCGAGGUUCUGACGACACUGCCAUCACCAUGGCAUCUCAGAGCCCUGUUGUCAAGCAGAUAGACAAGCAGUUCCUGGUAUGUGGUAUCUGUCUGGAUCGUUACAAGGUACCCAAAGUCCUUCCCUGUCUUCACACCUUCUGCCAGAACUGUCUCGAGAACUACGUCCCUUCUGAAUCACUGACCUUGACCUGUCCACUCUGCAGACAGCAGUCCAUCGUACCGGAGAGAGGCGUUGCAGGAUUACAGUCCAACUUCUUUAUCACUAACCUGAUGGAAGUCCUGGAGAGACCAGAGAGCAACGGGGGAGGGGACUCACCGAUUGGAGAUCAGAUGCUUUCAUGUGCAAGCCAUGAGGGAGAACCCUUGACCUAUUAUUGUGAUAACUGUGAGACAGCUAUAUGUGAAGAAUGCACAAUAACGGAACAUUGCGAUCACAGUACAGUAUUACUAGCUAACGUUAUAGAGGAACACAAAGAGACUCUGCGGAAGAUACUUGAGGAAGCCAAAACCCAAAUACCACAACUCAAAGAUGCAAUAGCAAAGGUGACCUCAAUAUCAUCAAGAUUAUCAGAGAAGAAGGUGAAGGCAGAAUCUCAGAUCUCUGAAUCCUUUGGGAACCUUGAAGAGGAAGUCCGAGAAAGAAAAACAGAGAUGAUCAAAGAGCUGGAUACUGUGCAUAGUGCAAAACAAAGUGUGCUACAAAGACAACGUAGUCUUCUUGAAGAGAGCUUAAAUAGUAUAGAGAACAACUGUGACUUCACUGAGCAGGCUCUGGCCAGUGACAAUGAAACCCAUGUACUCUUAGUUAAGAAGCAAAUGCUGAGUAGAUUACAGGAAUUGUCACAGCUUACUAUGCAACUCAAACCAGAGGAGAACGACUACAUCAAUGUCUCCUGUGAUAUCGAUUCCAUUCAGAAAAGCAUUGCUAAUAUAGGGCUUGUGCAGUCAAACAGCGCUGUUCCACAUGAAUCAGUGGCCAGUGGAGAAGGCUUGAAGCGGGCAGUCAUCGGUGAUCAAACAGCCGUCACCAUCACAACUAAGAACAGCCGUGGCAUUCUAGUCAAAACGGGCAACGCUCCUCUGUCAGCACAACUAAGAACUCCUGAUGCAAAAGUUGAUGAUCUACCAAUUAUGGACAACCGUAAUGGUACCUAUGAUGUGAUCUUCACUGUGCAAAAGGAAGGUAGCCAUAGUCUUGUCAUAAAGCUCUUUGAUGAGCACAUAAGAGGAAGUCCUUUCAAGCUUAAAGGUUGUAAAGAUGAUGGUUCAACUACUCCAAAGUCACCUUCAGGUAAGAUUCCAGUCAGGACUAGUGUGAGACAGAAAGCUACCCGCAGGCCAGCGAGUGCCAGCGGAAAUAUCAGAACAUUCCGAAGCAAUAACCCCAUUGAGGAUGAUUUGAUUUUGACCAUUGGAACACACGGGCGCAACAAGGGUGAGUUCACCAACCCUCAAGGUAUCACUUCAACUGCAUCAGGGCGUAUCCUGGUGACGGACAGUAACAACCAAUGUAUUCAAGGAUUCAAUUCCAGUGGUGAGGUCAAACAGCGCUUUGGUGUCAGAGGUCGUAGUAAUGGACAGCUCCAACGCCCCACUGGAAUCGCUGUGAGCCACAACGGAAACUACAUCGUCGCUGAUUAUGAAAACAAAUGGAUAAGCAACUUCAGCCCUGAAGGGAAAUUCAUUAACAAGAUAGGCACAGGCAAACUAGUAGCUCCUAAAGGAGUGGCAGUGGACAAUAAUAAUAACAUCAUUGUUGUAGACAACAGAGCAAGUACCAUCUUUAUCUUCUCUCCUUCGGGGAAAGUCCUCAAUAAGAUUGGUUCUCGAGGAGCACAGGAUCAGCAGCUAUGUGGACCUCACUUUGUGGCUGUUAACAAAGACAAUCACAUCAUUGUCUCAGACUUCCACAACCAUUGCAUCAAGAUCUUUGAUAUUGAUGGUCAGCUGAUUACAUCCUUUGGGUCAAGAGGGGAGGGUAACGGUCAGUUCAACGCUCCUACAGGAGUUGCUGUGGACAAUCUUGGAAACAUCAUUGUAGCUGACUGGGGCAACAGUAGAUUACAGGUCUUUGAUUCCAGUGGCUCGUUUGUGUCGUACAUCAACACGAUGGGUGAUCCCCUGUACGGUCCUCAGGAUAUCUGUAUCACCAGCGAUGGCCAUGUAGCGGUCGCUGACUCCGGCAAUCACUGCGUUAAGGUCUACAAGUACUUACAGUAGGAGGCACAAAAGCUCAGAGACCCUGACAAAAUGAACCCUACCAAGGCAAUCCAAGCCAGACAGCGCCCCAGCAUAAAUAGGUCGCAAGGUCAAAGGUUAUGGGAUGAAGGUCAAGGGUGAGAGGUCACACCAGGUCAUGAACUGAGUAAGCUCCAGAUGGGGACAUAACCUGUAAUCCUACCCACUGUUUGUAACUUCUUUUGUAACUUGUAAUUUGCGAUAUAGCUACUAAUUCACAUUAGUUUACACAGUAUUGUUACAAAUUAAAGCACGUUAUUAGUGCUUUUAUGGUAGCGUUAAAGGCAAGAUUAAGAUAAAGUCUUCUAAUCGAUAAUGGGAAUGAAAUGUUAAUGUUAUUAUCGUCUUAUUAUAAAAGAAUUCCAUUUUUGAUCAAUGUGGGUUUUCAUUUUAACAACAAUGAAUAUAUUUGUAUUAUGCCGCUUUUGUGUAAAUGUUAUAACUUAAAAUCUCAGGAUUGAUUUCUUUCACAGGUUAAUUCAACUUAAAGGCAUCUUUGUGUCACCAAAGUAAAAUGUACAAUUCAAAACGUUCUUCUUCUGAAUUAAACCCAGUGACAUGGUUAUCAUCGCAAUUUAAUCUGCUGAGUAUAAGAAAGAUAUCGGUCAGUUUGUCAAUUCUCAUAUGAAUAUGAAAAACACAUCAAAUUCAAAACUUCCUAAUGAUAUGAUAUAUUAGGGAGAAAAAAAUUAUUAGGAAAAAAUGUUGAGCCAAGCACUUUAAAUCACCAAGACUCUUGCUGAACUGUUUAUAUGGGAUGCUAGUAGGACUACUCAGCAGGACUACUUCAACUACUAAACCCCUUCAGUUUCCAAAUCCAAGUUUUUAUUGGUCAGCGUCCUGCAGCAUUGCAAACUAGAAUGAUUAAUAAUUGUGCCAUUUUCUGACUAGUUUUAACCAUGAAUCUUGAUUAUAUGAAUUAAGAUAAGAUUUUUUUUUUUUGGGGGGGGGGGGGGUGAGCCCUUCUUAAAACCCACCUUUUCAUUCCAUUGUGCCAUUAUUCCCAAGAAAUGUGUGAUCAACCUUAAGGCAAAUUAGAGGUAAAUUAGAAGAUAAUUUCACACUCAUGGAGGUUGAAUUAUCUGUAAUUGCAAAGCUUUAGCUGAAGUUAUUGUUUUGCUUCUAGCAGUAAUCUCGACAUAUUCAAUGGCCAGUAUACCUGUUAUCAAAUUAAUGAGGGAAUCUUCUUACAAAUCAUUUCGUCCCUAUUUUCACAAAGUGACGGUAGUGAAUGAAAAUCGCAUACAAUUUACGUGUGGAUUUUCCUCACUACCGGCAUUUCGUGAAAAUAGGAACGAUUUAGUUACGUCAGAUUACAAUUGAAUGGUGUAAUAAAAAGAAGGCGUGUGACAUUUUGAUCUGUAUUUAUAACUGUGGAAACAGUAGAUUUACCUGAUUCAUUUUUGCAUUGUUUGUUAGGGUUACAUACGCGUAUAGGUAUUGGAAUCAAUUGUUCAGUAGUAUCUGUUUAUUUUGGCUCCAUCCACUACUCCUAUUCAAUUAAUGUUUUAAACAAAUUAAAGCAAUUAUUUUGGGAUGUUUGUCAUUCAUCUCUUUUUAAAUGAUGAAUUUAAUUUGUUAAAAAAAGAAUAAUUGCCAAAUUGAUAUGCUUUACAGAAGUUUCAAAAUGAUUUCUUAUGUUGACUAAUCUAUAUAUUACAAUUACAUUUGCCAAACAUUUUUCAGUGACCAUUUAUGGAUUUAAUCUUUUCUUAAUGUUAUUUCACUUAUUCCUAUACUAGAUGUAAAAACACUUGAUCUUGGCUUUUUAAGCAAAUAAUCUCUUACUUCUCCUAACGUGAGAUAGCCAUUUGCUAAAGCAGCGAACAUAACUAGUUUGUCAACUGCAAAAUACAGAGAGUAAAAUGACACAUUAGUGGAAAUGAUAAUUGAACCAAUUUAUACAGCGCCUUAUAGUGGAUACAAAGUUCUCUGUGCAAUAGGCAAUAAUGAUGUUGUAUGAAUGAUUAUAAUCAUUAAAAUACUAAUGAUAAUAAUAAUAAUGAUAAUGAUAAU